UGCUUUAUUCUACAUCACUGCUUCCCUGAUGUCAGCGUGAGAGGCAGAACAAAGGCUAGGAGGCACCGAGCCCAGAUUUUGUGAGAUCCCUUGAAGGAUUGUGUCUAUUCCAUUUUAUGUGGCUGCAUGCUCAUGUCAAGCCUAAGAUGGAUGCAGAGGCUGAAGAUAAUAUGCUGCGUACUUGCUCUAAAGGAACAGAGGUGCCAAUGGAUUCUCUAAUCCAGGAACUCAGUGUUGCAUAUGAUUGCUCUGUGGCAAAGAAGAGGAGGGCUGAGGAGCAGGCUUUGGGUGUCCCCGUCAACAAAAGGAAAUCCCUGCUGAUGAAGCCCCGACACUACAGCCCAAGCACAGACUGCAAAGGAGACCGGGAUGACAAGACUGAGGAAGACUGUCUCUUGGAAACCAACAACCACUCUGCUGCAGAAGAAAUCAUGAUAAAACCUGUGGAUGAGAACCUUACUGCAAAUGCACAAGAAAACUCCCAUCAGAAAGAAGACCGAUACACUUGCUAUCAAGAGCUUGUGGUCAAAUCUUUAAUGCACUUGGGAAAAUUUGAGAAGAAUGUUUCUGUUCUGACCAUAAAUGAAAAUUUAAAUGACAGUGGCAUCCAGUCUUUAAAAGCAGAGAGUGAUGAAGCCGCUGAGUGCUUUAUGAUCCAUUCAGAUGAUGGGAGAGACAAAAUGGAUGAUUCUCAGCCACUGUUCUGCUCCUCUGAUGACAAUGAAAGCAACUCUGAAAGUGCAGAGAAUGGGUGGGACAGUGGCUCCAACUUGUCAGAAGAUGGCAAACCCCAUGGAGGCCCCAAGUACAUGUUAGCGGAUAAUAAAAAAGACCUAUUGGAAGUUCCUGAAAUAAAAACAGAAGAUGACAGAUUUGCUCUGUGUGAAAACAAGUGUGACUCCGACACAGAGAGGAGAGACCCACAGAAUGUGUGCGGGGAGACCCUGGAUGGCCAAGCCCAGCCUUCCUUCCCUGAGUUGGCGGAAGGUGAGGGCAAGAGCCUGGCUGUGAUGACAGAAGAGUCCACUGACCUCGAGAAAGCCAAGGGGAACCUGAGUUUGCUGGAGCACGCCAUUGCACUGCAGGCUGGGCGAGGCUGCGUCUUCCACAACACCUACAAAGAGCUGGACAGGUUUCUGCUGGAGCACCUAACAGGGGAAAGGAGACAAACCAAAGUUAUCGACAUGGCUGGAAGACAGAUCUUUAACAAUAAACAUUCACCGAGGCCUGAGAAAAGGGAGACCAAGUGCCCCAUCCCUGGGUGUGAUGGCACAGGGCAUGUGACGGGGCUGUACCCCCACCACCGCAGCCUUUCGGGGUGUCCUCACAAAGUGCGGGUUCCCCUGGAAAUUCUUGCCAUGCAUGAAAAUGUGCUCAAGUGUCCCACACCAGGAUGCACAGGACGGGGACAUGUGAACAGCAACCGCAACACUCACAGGAGUCUUUCUGGCUGUCCGAUUGCUGCAGCAGAAAAACUGGCAAUGUCCCAGGAUAAAAAUCAGCUUGAUUCUUCCCAAACCGGGCAGUGUCCUGACCAGGCCCACAGGACAAGCUUGGUGAAGCAAAUUGAAUUCAAUUUCCGAUCACAAGCCAUCACCUCUCCCAGAGCCACAGUGUCAAAAGAACAAGAGAAGUUUGGAAAAGUACCAUUUGAUUAUGCCAGUUUUGAUGCCCAAGUUUUUGGUAAACGUCCCCUUGUACAAACAGGGCAAGGUCGAAAAACACCACCAUUCCCUGAAUCAAAGCCUUUUUCAAAUCCAGUGAAAUUUCCUAAUCGACUGCCUAGUGCAGGCGCCCACACACAGAGCCCAAGCGGUGCCAGCUCUUAUAGCUACGGUCAAUGUAGUGAAGACACCCACAUAGCAGCAGCUGCUGCCAUCCUGAACCUUUCCACCCGCUGCAGGGAAGCCGCAGACAUCCUCUCCAACAAACCACAGAGUCUGCAUGCCAAGGGAGCCGAGAUAGAAGUGGAUGAAAAUGGCACAUUGGAUUUAAGCAUGAAAAAAAAUCGAAUCCUGGACAAGGCCGCACCCCUAACUUCCUCUAACACCACCGUUCCAACACCUUCCUCUUCCCCCUUCAAAACGAGCAGCAUUCUGGUCAAUGCAGCGUUCUAUCAGGCUCUCUGCGACCAAGAGGGCUGGGAGACGCCUAUCAACUAUAGCAAAACUCAUGGGAAGCCAGAGGAGGAGAAAGAGAGAGACAAAAACUCUCUAGAAAAUUUAGAAGAAAAAAAGUUUCCUGGAGAAGCCUCUAUACCAAGCCCUAAACCCAAGCUCCAUGCAAGAGAUCUCAAAAAAGAGCUAAUCACCUGUCCAACACCAGGAUGUGAUGGAAGUGGCCAUGUCACCGGCAACUAUGCAUCUCACCGCAGUGUUUCUGGAUGUCCCUUAGCAGAUAAGACUCUUAAGUCCCUCAUGGCUGCUAACUCUCAGGAGCUUAAGUGUCCAACCCCAGGUUGUGAUGGCUCGGGGCAUGUGACUGGAAACUAUGCUUCCCAUAGAAGCUUGUCUGGCUGCCCUCGUGCGAGGAAAGGUGGUGUCAAGAUGACCCCUACGAAGGAAGAAAAAGAAGACCCUGAACUUAAAUGUCCUGUAAUAGGUUGUGAUGGCCAAGGUCACAUAUCAGGUAAAUACACUUCACAUCGCACAGCUUCUGGCUGUCCCCUGGCUGCCAAGCGACAGAAGGAGAAUCCUCUCAAUGGGACCCCUCUCUCCUGGAAACUGAACAAGCAAGAGCUACCCCACUGCCCCUUGCCAGGCUGCAAUGGGCUGGGCCAUGUAAAUAAUGUUUUUGUCACGCACAGAAGCUUAUCUGGAUGUCCUCUCAAUGCACAAGCUAUCAAAAAGGGCAAGGUCUCUGAGGAACUCAUGACCAUCAAGCUCAAAGCCACUGGGGGUAUGGAGGGUGAUGAAGAAAUUAGGCAUUUGGAUGAAGAAAUAAAGGAACUGAAUGAAUCCAACCUUAAAAUUGAAGCAGAUAUGAUGAAACUUCAGACCCAGAUCACGUCGAUGGAGAGCAACUUAAAGACGAUAGAGGAAGAGAACAAACUCAUAGAACAGAACAACGAGAGUCUGCUCAAAGAGCUGGCAGGUCUGAGCCAGGCUCUCAUCUCAAGCCUAGCUGACAUCCAGCUUCCUCAAAUGGGCCCUAUCAGUGAGCAGAAUUUUGAAGCAUAUGUAAAUACACUCACAGACAUGUACAGCAAUCUGGAACGAGACUAUUCCCCGGAAUGCAAAGCUCUACUGGAAAGUAUCAAACAGGCAGUGAAGGGUAUCCAUGUGUAGUAGGAUCACGGUGCUGCCGGCAACAGAGAUUACCAACAGCAGUGAACUCCAGAUGGAUCUGCGAGGGGCGCGUGGGCUGCUGAGGCCUGGAAGUUGCCGUACUGCAUUACAAACUCAACAUUGCACUAUUUCCCCCAGCCAACAUAAAAAGGAAAGAAAAAACUAUGAUAGACUUUUUGGAAUAAAAGUA